AGCAGCUGCUACUAGUUGUACAGCUCUCUUUCAGUUUAUAUCAGAGAGCCCAAUGGAGUCUUUUGAAGGACCUAGUCAGGUUAACAAGGCUAACUUACUACGAGUCCCCACUGGAAAUGAUUCCACUUCAGACGACGAAGAUGUUAAUAUCGACAUUAAACUUCGUUUCUCCCCAUGUCCUCGAAGACGGAAUUCUUCAGCUUCAGAGGAAGAGGAGGCAGAGACUCCCACCAAUAUCUCAAGAAAAGUUUCAUUUGCUGAUGCAUUUGGGUUUGAUCUUGUGUCUGUUAAAGAGUUUGAUAUCUGGGAAUUUCCUAAUACAGGACAAGAAAAUUAUAUAGAAGAUGAAGUUUUCCCUCAGGAUGAGUAUUUUUUCUCCCAGCAGUUUACAUUACCUGCUUCUCAAGAAGAACUUUUACAAAAAGUGCGAAAGCAGAAAGUGGUGUUGGAGUCAGUCCUGCUCCUGCCUGGGAUUACCUGUAUGAACGGCAUUGUACGAGUCCUCAAUGUAUCCUUUGAAAAACAGGUGUAUGUUCGCAUGACAUUGAAUAACUGGCUCAGUUACUAUGACAUCCUCGCAGAGUUCAUGCCUAAUUCUUGUGGUAGUGAAACAGAUCAGUUUUGCUUUAAGAUUUCUUUGGUGCCUCCUUUCCAGAAAGAUGGAAUUAAGGUGGAAUUCUGUAUACGCUACGAGACAUCAGUUGGUAUCUUCUGGGCAAACAAUGAUGACAAAAAUUACACACUGAUUUGUCACAAGAAAGAAACUGUGCCCAAGGUGGAUAAUAAAGCCCAGAAAGAGGUUACAGAUAGGAGUCUUAAAGGCUGCUUAAAGACAACACAAAGCAGAAAAGAAGAAAUAUUGACAAAGUCUGAUGAUGGCACAUGGAAUAACUCAAGGACUUCAGACCCAAACAUCCCAGAAAUUGUUUAUUCACAAGCAGAAGACAAAGACACAAAACUAGCUAAAGAAAAUGUAAAAGACAAAAAUGCAGAAUACAACCAGGGUGAUCACAAUGAUGAUGAAAAAGAAUUAGAGUUGCUGUUAAAUCAGCACUUCACAGGAGCUAGAGGUACCUCUUCCAGAGAUGAAAGGAAUUUAUACACAACAGAACCAAUUAAUUUUCCAAGUGAAACUGAAAGAUUGGUGGAAAAGCUAACCUGUAUAGAAAGAAGCAGUGCCUUGUACCCUGUGCCUAUCGGUUCCUCAUCUGAAAACACUUCACAUGUGAUAGGAGAAGAAUUAAAAGAUAAAGCUAAGUAUUGUGUAAGAGAUUAUAAUAAUCAGCUACCAGGGAAGGGAGUCACUGCUGGCUCAGUAAACAGCUAUGAGCAGUCUUUGGAACCUACUGGUACCAGUGAAAGUCGGACAAAGCAGAAUGAGGCUACCAAUAUUAUGGCUACUGGCUCAAGCCGACAAGGAGAGAGGCACACAGAUAUUUCAGAAGGUGAAUUAGACAGUUCCUCAGGAAGUAAGAUGAUGGAGAGCUUAUUCUUCAGUGAGGAUGCUGCUGGUACCUCAAAAGAGGCCUGUGAAACAAGACCAGAAGCCAUUUUACCAGAGCAUGACAAAACCAUGCAAUUAAAUGCAUGCAUAGCAAGGACGCUGGAUGGCAAUGCUAAUCCAGCUCUGGAGCACCAGGUACCACAAAUGUCUCACCAAACUUUGCAUUCAUUGUCGUCAGAUGCUGAAAAAAAUGAAGGAAAAAUCAAGAUGAUUGAAAGCAAAGUUCAGGUACACUUAAGAGGAGAUUUGUAUGCCAGCACUUUUGCACAUGCUGGUGUCUCAACAGAUUCUAUGCAAAAAAGAGUUGGUGAAAUGUCAGAAAGAAACACUGAUUUAGGGAAGCAGAAGGAAGUCAUUGAAGUAGCAGACUUGGCAUCAAUCGGUGAGGAGGAAGCUUCCAAGUCUUUCAAGGCAUACAGGAAACACAAUGCCAAAGCCCUGAACACAGCACCUCUGCCAGCUGAGAACAAGCAGGCACCCAGGGCCACCAGGCUGGAUGAAAGGCGACCUGAGGACACUCAGGAACACAGAGGAUUCAGGAGGCUAAAAGACAGAGAGACAAACAAUACAAAUACAGGGAGACCAAUUGGAAGGGAAAGUGAAGCAAACUUUGCAGAGCAGAGGUGGCAAGAAACAGGGAGUGAGGUUCGGUGGAGAGUGAGUGGGAGCAUGGAACCUCAGACCAUGACUUCCACAAAGGAGUUGUUUACCUGCCAGGAGGCAGAGAAGUGUGAAAAGUCUUCUGUCUCUGAGCAGGGUAUUACAGAGAAAGCAGAGGCAGGUACAGCUUAUAUAAUUAAAACAACAUCAGAAAGUGCUCCAGAAAAAAUGCCUGGCAGUGAAAAAGCAGUAAUUGCUAAGCUACCUCGAGAGACUGCACUAAGUGACAGGCCCACAGAGGAAAAGGAAACAGCGUUUGAUACACAUGAAGGGAGAAAUGAUGGUUCACAUUAUGCUCUUUGUCAACUCAACACAGUGGGUGUAUUAUAUGACACUGAAUUUGAAAAGGAAUCAGUUUUAGGUAUUUAUAAUGCAUGCGUACAUGAAACACUGCAAGGAGAAACUAAGUCUGUCUGCAAUAGCAGGGAAAAAUGUUCCAAAGCACAAGCAGACAAUAUUCUACCUGUAGGAGAAGCAGUAAAGGCUUCUGCUACAGGAAAGAAAGAUUUGCAGGAGGGUUUAUGUUCAGAAGUACCUAAAAGUGCCCUGAGUACUGAGAAGCAUCUGUACUAUGAGAAAGCAGAAGAUCUCUACAGGGCAGAAAGCCAUGGUGAUACACUUUCCUGUUUAUGUUCUAAAGCUGAAACAAAAAUGCCACCUUCUGGUACAAGCACUGUGCCUAGUUACCAUUAUAAAAGCUCUUCAGUGCCAUCUUCAGAAGGGCCCACUAUGGAAGAAGGUAUGGAGCACCUGUAUAGACACUUUGAAUCCAAAGUCAUUGACAAGAUUGCUGCUGAGUCAGGGUACAAUUUAAAUCUAACAAAUGAAAUAACAUGUCUUAACAAAAUCUUCUCUCCUGAAGUUGAAAGAGAAUUACCUUCUGCUUCAGACUCAGCAAUUUCUGGAGAAGGAAGAGGAAGGAAUACAGGUCAACAUUUCCAUCAAGCAGAGCUUCAACAAGAGAGGUCAUGGAGGCCAGAAGUUUUAAUUAGCAAGUGUACCAUAGAAAAUGGAGGAAGAGGCUGUCAAACUGACCAUUUAAUAACAGAGAGGAAAACAUUAAGCUGGCUUGAAGACUCACCGAAAGAAAGCCAACACGCUUCUGAUUCUGCUGAUAUUUCUCACCAGAAGAGUGAAGCACUUAAGUUACCUAGUGAGUCUCCAGGUUUAAAACAUAUUGCUUUAAAAAUAUUUUAUUUCUUCUUGUUUCUUCUAUUUGCUGCAACACUCUACCAUUAUGAUUUGAUGGUCUGCCUUGCACUCUACUUGUUCUCCUUGUAUUGGCUAUACCACGAAGGAAGAAGAAACAAGGAGCCUAUUAAGAAGGAAUAACACUGACUGUCAGCUGUGCUCAGGAUCCAUGGUCAAUAAUCUUCAAUUCCAUCAAAGCAUUUUCACUGUUAAAGAGUUUAUUCUUUGUUAGAACCAAAGCAAGAUUUUCACAGCAGCAUCUUUUAUUUAGAGAUUACAUAUGAAGUUGAGCCUUCAUAUAAGUAAUUAAACUAUGCAGGACCAUUAUGUUUGGAUCAUUAAAUACCUAUAUGAGUAUGAGUUCUGAAGCACGUCAAAUUAAAAUGAAGUACAGCUGUUGCUUCUUAGCAGGAUAUGAAAAAGCAAUGCUUCAUGUCUCUGUAGUACUUAAACCUACCAUUUACUUGCUUUAAUUUCUUUUGCAUUAAAGCUUCAUACUUUUCUGGGAAUUUUUUCCCAAGAUUCUGUGUGGUACAUAACAACCCAAGAAAAAAUAUAAAACCUAAGUCAGUAUUUGGUGCUGACAUUACAGUUGAUAAUCUGCUAGUGUAAUUAGCCAUGGUCUAAGUGAUGCAUCUGUUGAUAGUUUAAUAUAUUUUUUCCAAAUUUUUAUUUCAUUAAUUUGACUGAAAAUUUCAGCAGUACCCGUUUGAAAAAUAUAAGGCUUUGACUUCAGUAACAUCAUGUAACUUCCAGGAUGUAACUGUGUAGCAGAAUAGAUGUGCUGUCUCCAUCCUGUAAAGAAUGAUCACAGCCAUGAUCACUCACAUGCACAAAGGUUCUUGGUUUUUGCAAAUGAAGACUGAGUAACAUGGCUGAGAAUUUCACUGAAAAUUCUGGGCAAAGCCUUUUAGUAACAUUUUUCAUCAGAAUUGCUUGAGCAUAUCUACAAAGCAUUAAAUAAAUUUUACAAAGGAAUGCUAUAACUGUGUGGAGCAUGUCUGAAUUUACAGAUUUAUUGCUUUUUUCCCUAUGGCUUGUGACCUAGAGCUAGUCAAACACCAAGAGAAAACAUUGGGCAUGACCCUGCUGUUCAGUGAGGCUGCUUUGUCUGGUUUGGGUGAGGCAGAAAAGACUAGUAUCUGCCCUAAGGAGAGCCCAAAUUGAUCCUGUGCAGCAGUCCUGUGGGGCAGACACAUGUGCAGCUUUGCUGCUCCAACACUGCGGGCGUCCCACACAAGAUCAAGCCCAAAUUUUGUCCAGAAGGAAAAGAAUGGACAGGUUAUGAUGCUCUUCAGCCAUUUCCCAGAGGAUGGCCACAGAUACUAUCACAGGUAGACUAUUAAAAGAAGCACCAAGACUGUAUAAUGUUGCUGAAGCCAUAGAAAUGAAGAAGAAAAAAAGAGUUGUUUUAAAGCUCUGUUUGUUUCACUUUCCUUACUGCCACUGUGAAAUACCAUAACUGUGAAAGUCUUGGUUGCAAUAUAUGGCUGAAGCGAUGUAAUAGCAAAAUUGUUUAGUUGUUAGCUUAGCUCUUAAAUAAAUGUUUUAAAGUCCAUGUAAAACUUAUACACAUGUUUCAAGAUGAAAGGACAAUCUGCUGCAGAGUUGGCAUUCCUGUUCUGCUGGGGGGUAAAACUUCGAAAAAUUUUCAUUUAGUAGUGCAUUCAGUGGGGUGAGCAAGUAUGUGUGUGAUCUAUUGCUCAUAUGUGUUUUGAUGGCUGGAUACCUUGGCAACUUUUGACAGCAAUCUAUGAACGACUUGUAGCAAUGGGCUAGAGGCAUUAAGGAGCUACAUGGAAGGCUGUGUCCAGAUGUUUAAAGAUAAAUAUGAGGAAAAUAUUCAUUGAGAUAAAGAAAUUAAUUCAAUAAGCAUUAGGAGAUGAAUCCAAUAAAAGGCUUAGGCUUAGAUUUAAAUGAGGAUUAGGAUUGAAGUUAAAUCAGUGUAAGUCCAAAGUAAUGAUUGCAGACCUUCCUUUUCCUGGAGACAACAAAUGCUGAAAGAACCUAUCCUUUUCAUGAUGCUCAUACAUACUAUUUCAAAAGGCACAAUAUUGCCUUACUUCUGGUAGUUCACUUCCUGCAGUCUAAGUCCCUGGUCUAGGUGGAUCGGAUUUUCAGGUUUACUGGGAUAGAGACAUCAGGUAUUGCUUUACUUCCCAGUAUGGUGGAAGCUCUGAAAUUAGGUCUUAUAUAUUCUGACAGAAUCAAGGUCCUUAGAUAGAGAGAUAAAAAGUAAAGAAAGCAUCCUGCAUCUGUCCUGCUGAAAGUGUCACAAUGCAGUCAGGUACCUGAUUCCUCAAGUAAGAGAAGUCAAAGACAUGACACAUUUCAAUCUUACAGUUAAAACAACCAUGGCAGAAAUUAGAAUCUUUAGAUUCAGUUAGCUGCUAAAAGCCCCUACAGUCUAAUUUACCACAUAGGUCUUUAAAGCAAAAUUUAUAAACUUCAGAGGAAGGACCAAAGUCCAGGUUCCUGGCUAGUUACAUAAAAGCUCUACACACUACGUCACAGGAUUCAAACUCAUGUUUGAAUAUCUUCAGCUUUACCAAACCUGGGCCUUUCAUCCAGCAGAAUUUAGUUUAACAAUUCGAGGAGUAUUAUUGUGAGGAGGACUGUGGUCACCAGGGUUUGGCAGUACUGUACAUAUAUGGGUUCUUACUUUCUCAACUGACUUAAACUGAACACAACAAUAGAUUUUUUUUUUCCAUUUGAGGCUAGAGACUCAUUUGAUACUACCAUCACAGAAGAGUUUUCUUUUCCCAGAGUUGUAAUGUCCAUUUUUUAGAGAGGUCUUAAUCUGACACAGUCUAAAUCCCUAAGCACUGACAUAGCUAAAGAACUUUAAAUGUCUUGGACACAUACCUUAUUUUAAACAGAACUGAACAAGUCAGCCAGCAUGGAGGUAGAAAAGCCUGGUUGUGGUUUUUUAUUGAAUCUUGGGGAUUCUAAGCAGUAUGCAUUUUAAGGAUCCUUUUGCUCCUUCACAUGGAAGCAUAGAUAUCCUCGAACCAUAGUAGAACCAUACAUUUGUGUGGGAGUUGUCUGUAUGUAAUCUGCAAGGUGAAAAUUUUGUUUCUCAUGCAUUUCAACCCAAAAUAUUUGGUUCAUUGUUAAAGGCUCAGGUCACCUGAUUGAAAAGCAAGCAAAGGGGUUAGGGAUGAUUGAUGGGCCCAGGACCAUGGGUGGAGGAAAGUCAAUGAAUUGAAUCAGUCUCUGGACAGUGGCAGAAAAAUGUUACAGAGAGCUCAGGAGAGACAAUAUGACCUAAAAAAAUUUGCAAGGGAUAAAUAGAGAGGAUCUAAUACUACAGACAUUCAUUAAAAAUUAGUGGGCUUUUAAUAUGUGUCACAAUAUAUUUUAAACAAUUCCUAAAUAUCAGCUAACAUUUGGCUAAAUUACUUCAAUCUCUACAGAAAGUGUGCUUUAAACAGCUGUAUUCCUGUAUGCAACAGGUUAAACAUUAGGGUUUGCCAUUUUAACACGUACAGUUAUUCAGAGUUGGAAUUUAGGGUAAAUAUUUGAGUGUUAGAGUAAGCAUAUUUCAUCUACACACAAGUGGAAUACUGUUAGCAUUUCUCAGAUUUGGAUUGGGAUUUUAUGUUCUAUAUUUAAAAUAUUUAAUCAGCAUAUCAUACUUUAUGAUUGCAAAACAGGACUCUAGACUGAUCUGUGAGCACAGGUGCCCGAACUUUAAAGUAUGUAUGUGCUUAAAACAACAAAGCAAGUAAUUUUAUCUUCUUGUAUUUAUCAUUUGAUAAGUUAUCUUUUAAAAAUCCUCUUACUUUUGUUUCUAGUAUGGAAGAAACACCUUUAUAACAUUGGCAAAAUAUUGGGUUUUACUUAUUUCAGGGAAUAAGUGGUGUGUUGUGCUCUUGCAAUGAUUCGCAAUUAGCUUGCCUACAAGGUAGCAGCAACAUAUUUCCAGUUAAUACUUUAAUUUCUAGUAGAUUCUAGUUUUUUCUUCAAGCUAUGCAAUAGAAAGGUGUGAUCUUAUAUGGUAGGGUAAUCCUGUGCUCACAAAGGGUUUGAUUCUAGGACAAUAUAGUGAUCAAAAAUAAUAUAAUUGCAAAAGACUUCCUUGCAUUAUUGCAAGGAAUAUGAGGUGUAUCUACAUUCCAUAUCAUGGGAGGUAUGUCCCAUGGCUAUUAUCCAAACUGCACAUCCAACAAAUAAAUUAAUUUCCACAUUGGAGCCUGUCUAAUCUGUUGAAUUGGCUUAAAUAUAAAUUAAGGGCAGAAGAAAGAGGAGGGAGAAGAAUUUCUGCAUUCAGAUAUCCUGCUAGAAGGUAGUCAGAACAAGAUACAUCCUUAAUGACCUAAGUACUCAUUGUUACUAAUUGCUUGCUGGUUCUUAUCAUCAGUGACUCUUGGCUCAACAGAGGAUAGGCUCUGAAACAAGCUACAGCCUUUAAAGGCCUAGCUAAUAUUGGAAAUGAAAAAAUAAAGAGGACAGAGUAUGAGCUAGAUCCAUAAAGGAAGGUUAAUAUGAAAAUGUUCUGAGGCACUAUACUAACUUUUAUAUGCCCAGUGGUAUCUACAUCCCUGAAUAAAACACCCAAACUCUCUAGUCAUUGAACAUAUGAAUGAGAAUUAAAACAGACAAUGUGUUAAAUACAGAACCACCAGAAUUUUCUAAUAAAAAUGCCUGAUGUCAGAGUUGGGUCUUACACUCUUGCUGUGGCAGUGGGAUUUAGUUAGCUGGAUAGCAGGGACAUAUUUUUUCAGGUCAGGUUCCAUGUUCUGCAGCCCUCUCAUGCACUGAGGUACCUAAACAGCUGCCUUCAGAAACAGGGCACUUUGCAGAAAACAAACCCAGAGUUUUGGGACUGGAGAAAAUUUAACUCUUUAAGCCAUAGAUUGGAGGGAUAUUUGGAUAUAAACUUUGUUCCAAGAAUAACUCAUGCAUUUUAUGUGAAAUUCUAUUUUGAUAAAGUACAAAACAAAUACCAAGACCUUUACAUAUCUUCAGUGAGGUCUACUUCUUCCCUAGACUAUAAAUUUACUUUUCCCGGCCUACAUAAAUACCUCAUGAACCAGGACUGGAGAAUUGUUCUAGCCAUGAACUGUGAAUUUCUCUCUUAUACCUACAAAGGUGCUUAAAUCAGUUCCACUUCAGGCAAUCAUGCCCUUUUGUGACUCCCAGCUGAGCUUUCUAAAACUCACAGCUCUUCUGAGAACACUGUCUGCAAAGGAGACUUUAGAGCUAUAUGGAUAAUGACAGGACUCAGGAUGUGUAUCUGAUCUAGGAGGUCUUGAUGCUGCUGAGGAUUCAGAAUUCAGGUAGGUGUCAGGGGAUAUUUUUUGACCAAAUCUACACAUGCCUGAGUGAAGACAGUAUUUGUCCAAACCAUGGCAAGAUUGAAAGGAACAGAUCAUUUCUGCAUUCAGAGUAGGCAUGAACUAGGUAAGCUGAGAUAUCCAACAAAUAUGUUAUGUAUGAUUUGGUGGUACACAUGAGACAUGUGUGUUCAUGUGUGCAUGGGUGGCUCUAGGAAAAGGGAAUGGAAAGGGGACAACUAGAUUCCAUAGAAGAAUGGAAAAGAAAUAGUAAACAGAAUGUCUAAUUGGAAAGUUUCUGAACUGCUUUCUCUAGAGACGUGAAAGUUUAAUAAGUUCUGAGUAGGUUGGACAGACAACACAAAUACAUGAUUAGCUAUAUAAAGUAUAAAAAUUGAAAUAUACACUAACUUCUUUUUGUAACUUAUCAACUACCAUUUAAUGGAAUUACAGUGGAGAAUAUCUUGCCCUUGACCUUAAUAUUCAAUUAUUCAAGAUUGGAGCAUUGCUCUGAGGACUAGAAAGACAGCCUCCUUCUCAGGAUGUUAUAAUCCUCCAGGGGGGGACAGCCUCAGGCUGCAGCCACAAACCUGCCUCAUGGCUGUUUAUGCAGGUCAGUCCCCAAUGACAUGAAGCUAUGUGUGUCAGGAGAAAACAAGAGUAUGUGUCAGCCUGUGCUUAUUAUAUAGAAUUACAAAACUGUCAGUAAAUAGUUAAGCUUCCACAAUCCCUGUGGUGUCUGGUAUAGUUCUUUGAUUUUCUAGUAGUAUACAUGGCUGCAGGAGGACUUUUAGAUUCCUAAGGACCACAGGGCACGAGCAUGUCUUGUGUAUAUGUGAUGAUAGGGAGAUCAUAGAGCAUACAGGCUCAUUUAAGGCACUAUACAAGCUGUAUCUAUGUGGAAAUUUCUGAUUCUCUCUACCAGUGAUCUUUCUGGGGCUGCCAGCUGCUUGUGCUCUUGGCACUACCUUCUCCAGUGGAGGACAGAAGGCAGCUCCAUACUGCAAAUUUUCCAGGGUCUCUGAAAGGAAAAUGAGAACUGCUGAGGAAAAAACAAAAGCUACCUUAUUAAGUAAGUUCCCUUUAUUAGGGAGGAAUAUUUUCUGCUUUUAGGGCAACCAUGAAGAAUUAGGAGUGGCCUAAACUCUUUAAAGACAUAAAACAAUGACUGUCUUGGGGGAAAGUCCUGAUUAAGCUUCUCAGAAACUCCUUAUUUAUUCAUACAAGCUACGUGCCUGUCUGUCCCUCUGUGCUAUGAAUGAGCCAAGACUGAUAAAGGACAAGAGCCUACUCUUGUGCAGGUUUCAUACCUCCUUGAAUGGUCUAGGCUGUUGAAUGGCUUGGGGCAGUCAGGCACACUUAGCAAUGCCUAUUGGAAAUGUCUCAGCAGCCACAAAAGGUCUUGGCUUGUACCCAUUUAAUUUCAUGUUUUGGGAGACAGAAAUCAGGUUUUUAUAUGAGCUUUGUAAGAUUAGGUAUGAAAGACAAAUACUGCUUGGUUUAUCAAGCAGUUUUAUUCAAUUCUGUGAUGUAAUUUUAGUGUAUAAUCCCUCUAUAUAAUGCAGCAUUUUUGUAGAAUUAUGGCAGAAUUAUUAAUAAAACUUAUAGAAUAGAGGAAAGAAUGGAAGAUAAAAAUAGCUGGAAAAGAAAGGGAGAAAGUAAGCAAGCAAGAAAGCAAGCAGGCAUGUGCCUGCACUGCUCCAUAGUAGACAAGAGAUUUAUACAUGGGAAAAUUAUCUAAGUUCAGGGUGAGCUUGUGAUCACCACAUCACUGUUCUUUAAGCCAUGCUGCAUUCCAGAAAAUGGCACGAACAUAGACAAGUCUUUUCACUUUCCUCCUUGUAUGUUAGUAACAAAAAAAAUCAUCAGUAUUAGAAAGCCAGUUAAUAAAGGUUUUUUUCCUGCAGACAAUGCCUCUGUUAACCCUGCAGUUGAGGUGGGCAGGCUGCUGUCAAUGCAGUGUUUGGAUGGUGUGCCCAGGACGUGCUCACAGCCUGCUUUCCUGGGACUUGGCUCUGUGUGUUUCACACACACCCACUCAUGUGGACACAGCUACCUGUGUCCUUGCCUUCAAUCUUAUGCUGGUGUGCAUGGUAAACUGCAUGUACAGCAAUGCAUUGUGUUAUCCAUUACAUGAUAUAUAAUUUGGUAUAAAGAAAUGUUUAAAUAAACUGUUAUUAUCUUGAAAUUAUCAAACAUUGGAAGACAUACAGUGUAAGAAACUCAACACUAUCAACAGCAGUCAUGACCUUUUAGACUAACUAAUCUGAACAGACUUACACCUGGAGCUGUACAUCAUCCUUUAAUGUAGACAUAUCAAGUGAGAAGCAAACAUGGUGUUUUUUAUAGUGUGUUGUCUGAUACUGCAUAAGGCAAUAGCAUGACUUGCCAUGUGCUUUCCUUUUAAUUCUGCAAAAUUCAAGAAUUUAUAUAUGCAAUAAAAAUGGAUUAUAAAUUA